AUGGCGGCAUGGCUCGGCCGGUUGUCGUUGGGCGACGCCUGGUACAACAUGUACUCCCGCCUGCUGCGAACCAAACCCCUGGGCUCCAUGGCUCACGGCUCCAACGACCUCACCGAGCUCGGGGAGGGGUCGGCGGUCGGGCUCGCCAAGAUCCUGACCACCGUGGACCUGGUGUCGCUCGGGGUGGGCAGCUGCGUCGGCACCGGGAUGUACGUGGUCGCAGGGCUGGUGGCCAAAGCGAUGGCUGGGCCUGGGGUCAUCCUGUCUUUCAUUAUUGCAGCGGUGGCAUCCAUACUGUCAGGUGUGUGCUACGCAGAGUUUGGUGUCCGGGUCCCGAAGACGACCGGCUCGGCCUACACCUACAGCUACGUGACAGUCGGGGAGUUUGUGGCGUUUUUCAUUGGUUGGAACCUGAUCCUGGAAUAUCUGAUUGGCACAGCGGCGGGGGCGUCGGCUCUCAGUAGCAUGUUUGACUCUCUGGCCAAUCACAGCAUCAGUAACUACAUGAUAACACAUCUGGGCACGCUCAGAGGACUCGGUAAAGGUGAGGACACGUACCCGGACCUGCUGGCGCUGUUUAUCGCCCUGCUGGUCACAGUGAUCGUUGCUCUCGGUGUGCGUAACACAGUGGGCUUCAACAAUGUCCUCAACGUGGUGAACCUGGUGGUCUGGGUCUUCAUGAUCAUCGCCGGACUCUUCUUCCUCUCCACCAGCAACUGGGAGAGCGGCAAGUUCCUGCCAUUUGGCUGGUCAGGGGUGAUGCAAGGGGCGGCGACCUGCUUCUACGCCUUCAUCGGCUUCGACAUCAUCGCGACGACGGGAGAGGAGGCGAAAAACCCAAACACCUCCAUCCCGUACGCCAUCACCGCCUCGCUGGUCACCUGCCUCACGGCCUACGUGUCGGUGAGCGUGAUCCUGACUCUCAUGGUCCCCUACGACCUGAUCGAUGGCUCGGCUCCCCUGAUGGAGAUGUUUGCGUUGCACGGCUUCCUGUGGGGUAAAUACAUCGUGGCUGUGGGCUCCAUAGCCGGACUCACCGUGUCUCUGCUGGGCUCUUUGUUCCCCAUGCCCAGAGUCAUCUACGCCAUGUCCCGCGACGGCCUGCUGUUCGGGUUCCUGUCUCACGUGUCGGCGAUCACGCACACUCCCGCGGUGGCGUGUGUGGUGUCGGGGUGCUUGGCGGCGCUCCUGGCUCUGCUGGUGAGCCUCAGGGACCUGAUCGAGAUGAUGUCCAUCGGCACGCUGCUGGCCUACACUCUGGUGAGCGUGUGCGUGCUCUUGCUGCGCUACCAGCCCGAUGAACAGAGCGACGGGCACCAGUUCGACCCCGGGGAGGACGCGGUCGGCGCGGAUGUCGGGGCCGCCCAAACCAAAGACGACCAAGUGCUGAUCGGAGGCUCGGACGGCGAUGGAUUAGCGUCCUACCACGCUGGCGGGACCGAAGGAGAGGGGGACGACUCCGAUUUCCACACAGGCCAAGCCUCCCUGCUGAAAAGGUUCCUGGGAGGUCAUUACUACACCUUGCGGCUGCGGCUGGCGAUGCCCGACGCGUCGGCCCGACCCACGCCUAUCACCGGCCGCACAGUGACCCGAUGCACCCUCCUCUUCUUCCUCACGUCCUUCCUCCUCUGGUCCACUGUUAUAUUCGGCGUCGAGCAGGGAACCGGCGUUGGGGCGGUGUUUUCCGGCCUCAUGGCCACACUGAUGGCGGGUUCCUUGGCGAAGCUUUUGAUCACGAUCAUACAGCAGCCGGAGAGCGGGAGGAGGCUGCCUUACAUGGCGCCCUGCGUGCCCUUCGUCCCUGCGGCGGCCAUAUUGGUCAACAGCUACCUCAUGCUGAAACUGUCUCCACUUACCUGGGCCAGGUUCACCGUCUGGUGCUUCAUAGGUUUGUUGAUCUACGCUUGUUACGGAGUGUGGCACAGCACACUGGAGCUGAACGCCCGGGAGCAGCAGGCGCACGCCAGCUCCUACCAGCGCUACGACGACCACCUGGACGACGACGGCGACGUCUUCCCCACCGACGACAACCUCCAACCCGAGGAGCGGGACGAGAAGCCCUACCAGGGCUGGUCCGCCCCAGAGGAGAGGGGAUACCACCAGCACCAGCAGCAGGAGAACAAAUAUGAAGAUGGGGAGCAGUACGAGCAUAAUGGCGACCAGUAUGGAUAUCAGUCUGGACCGGGAAGCCAGUCUGCCAGCAAGUCCAGAGGAAGGACCAAUCACGGGUUUGAUGUGGAGGAAGAAGAGGAAAACUGA